AUGGAGUUCGCAACGGGGGCGAUGGGGGCCGUCCUCCCUAAGCUAGGGGAGCUACUCCAGGAGGAGUACAACCUACAGACUAGUGUGAAGCAGGGUAUCAUGGAACUCAUGUCUGAGCUCGAGCACAUGCAAGCUGCCCUUGAAAAGGUUUCCAAUGUGCCACUAGACCAGCUUGACGGACAGGUCCACAUUUGGGCUUGUGAGGUCAGAGAAAUGUCCUACGCCAUAGAGGACACCCUUGACUCCUCUAUGGUGUGCAUCAAGGGUUUUCAGCCAUGCAUGCCCCACACCUUCAUGGGCUUCAUCAACAAGACCAAGAAUGAGAUCAUCAUGCUCAAGGCUCGCCGUGAAAUGGCUAACGACAUCAAGCAUAUCAAGAGCCAAGUUAGCAAGGUGAAAGAACGCUAUGAUAGGUACAAAAUCGAUGAUGUUGUUGCAAAUCCCACGACUGCGAUAGACCCUCGUCUCUCGGCUCUGUACAACAAGGUCUCUGACCUUGUUGGUAUUGAUAAGGCAAUGAACGAGCUAGCAAAGCUAUCUGAGUGUCUUGACGUGUCUGAAAAAGGGUUGAAGGCAAUCUCGGUUGUUGGAUUCGGAGGAUGGGGUAAGACAACUCUUGCUAAAGCUUUUUAUGACAAACAUAAGAAGAGAUUCGACUGUUGGGGUUUUGUUCCAGUGGGUCAAAAUCCUGACCAAAGGAAAGUUCUUCGGGAUAUUCUCCAUGAACUUGACAAGAACAAGUAUAAAAACAUUACCUCGUCACAAAUGGAUGUAAGGCAGCUUAUUGAUGAACUAAAAAGAUUCCUCAUUAACAAAAGGUACUUGAUAGUUAUUGAUGACAUAUGGGAUAUGUCAACAUGGGAAAUUGUCAAGUGUGCAUUGGAGGAGAGUAAUCCUGAACUGGGGGAGAGUAAGGUUGAAAGUAGAAUAAUUGUAACUACUCGUAUUUGUGAAGUUGCUGAAAAAGUAGGUGGUGUUUACAACAUAAAACUACUUUCAGAUGAUAUGUCCAAACAAUUAUUCUGCAGAAGACUGUGGGGUGCUAAAGGCACGAUUCAUGAUGAUGAGACUUCUGAAGUGUCCACCAAAAUUUUAAGGAAGUGUGGUGGUGUCCCACUAUCUAUAAUUACAAUAGCUAGCUUGCUUGUUGAUAAACGCCGGGAGGACUGGCCAAAGGUAUAUGAUGCUAUUGGAUUUGGGCAUGAGGACAACGAAGCUAUUACAAACACAAGAAAGAUAUUGUCUUUUAGCUAUUAUGAUCUUCCUCCUUACCUAAAGAAUUGCUUAUUGCACCUAAGCAUCUUUCCAGAAGAUCACUUGAUUAAGAAAAGGGAGUUGAUAUGGAUCUGUAUUGCAGAAGGUUUUAUCCAGUGUAAACAAGGGUUAAGAUUAUUUGACAUUGGUGAGAGCUAUUUUAACCAGCUUGCAAAUAGAAGUAUGAUCCGGCUGACGGAGGGCAAUAGCAGCACUAACUAUGAUGGUUGUCGUGUUCAUGAUAUGGUGCUGGAUUUAAUACGCAACUUGUCUAGUAAGUUAAACUUUGUUACAAUUUGUGAUAAUGACAAGGACCUCCACACAUAUUUACCUAGUAAAAGCAGCACUGUUCAUAGAUUAGCCAUCCACCGAUGGUGUGCAGGGCGCAACCCUGUUAGCAUGGAAAUGGGACAUGUGAGGUCAUUUAGUGCAACCUUGUCUAGUGAUAGUAGAUUGCUCCAACUGUUGAAAUUUACAGUGUUACGAGUAUUGGUCCUGGAUAACUGUGAUUUUUCUGCGGGGGCUUGUCGCCUUGAGCAUCUUGGCAGGUUGGUUCAGCUGAGGUACCUAGGGCUGGUUGAGACACCGGUUGUGGAGCUUCCAGUGAAGAUAGGACAUGAUCUCAAGUUUCUGCAAACCUUAGACAUAAGGGGGAGUGACAUAGAGGAAUUGCCAGCCUCUGUCGCUGAGAUGAGCAAACUGAUGUGCCUGCGUGCCUACAGGAUCACAACUAUAAUGGCUAAGAUAGGGAAGUUGACAUCUCUGGAAGAUCUUGAGCUCUGCGUGGACGAGUGCCCAAACUUUGUCACGCAGCUGAGAAAGCUGACAGAGAUGAGGAAUCUAAAUAUUCGUAUCCCUGAGUUAGACGAGAGCAUGAGUAAGGCUUUGGUUGAGUCGCUAUGCAAUCUGCGCAGAAUCCAAAUUCUGAAUGUCAUGACUGAGGAAUAUAAUGAUGAUGGUGCCUGGGAAGCCUGGGCACCGCCACUAGAGCUCCGUGAGGUGUUACUGAUUGGCAUAUGUUUACCAAGGCGUCCAUCGUGGAUGGAUUCCACGUGUUGUCCGCAUCUAUCCUACCUGAACUUAUAUGUCAAAGUGGUGCGAGAACAGGAUCUGCGUAUCCUCGGGAGGCUACCAGUGCUCCGCUGCCUCUACAUGUCGAUAGAUAACACUCCCUUAGCAUAUGCUGUUGGUAGCGAUGAGUUCCAAAACUUGAGAAAUCUCGACGCGACUAUAGAGAUCAUAUUUGGUAGAGAGGGGGGAGCGCUCCCAAUGCUUGAAGAUUUGAAAUGCUGUAUCAGCGUAGGAAAUCAGGACGUCAGCGGCUUAGUACCGGGGAACAUGCCUUUGCUCCAACAUGUCUAUUAUGAACUUCACGGGAAGGGGUUCACUAGGGAAGAGGUGGAGCUGACUGAGGUAGCGCUGCGGCACGCGGCCACGAAAGUCCACCCCAACCGUCCUGGAUUGGCUAUAGAUAGAUGCUACUGCGAGUAUGAUUCCGACCAAGAUGAUGAUUCCGACCAAGAUGAUGAUUCCGACGAAGAUGGUAAUUCCGACGAGGAGGUUUUGUCUACUAGCCAUGAGAUGGAUCAAAGUGAAUGGUCAAGGAAGCGCUCAUUCUUUGAAGAGGGUUCUACUUCUAGGACUGCUCCGAGUUCAGAUGAUAAGAAACAGAAAAUUGUGCAAGAAUCAAGGGGUGAUGAUGAUCCACCAUCAUCACCCUAUCAUGAUUUAAAUUCAGCCAAGGUCUACUUCUGGAAGGAGCUAAAGAAGCAAGAAUCCAUCAAAUGCAAGGCGCAACAGCUGCCCCCUGAAACAACGCCUGAUUGGUUGCAGGACCUCAACCAGUACGUGCAGCAAAGGAUGGGGACCUACACUCUCGUGGCAACUCUCAUCGCCACGGUGACAUUCUCUUCAACGUUCACCAUGCCCGGCGGGUACGACCAGCAGGAUGGCACGGCCAUCCUUGGCCACCGGAUGGCAUUCAAACUCUUCAUCUUCGCGAAUACCCUGGCAAUGCUAACGUCAAUCGUCGUUGUCUUUGGCUUCAUCUGGGCAAGAAGGGAGCAGCUGGAUUUCAGGACCGGCAGGGUCAUAGCUUGGAGCCACUGGCUCACCGUGUCAUCGCCUGCCUCUCCAUGGUCGCGUCCCUGA